GCCCCCUGGGCGCUCGCUCCGCCCCGCCCGGCCUCCUUUCCGUCCCCGCGGCCCCGGGAAAACGGGAAAAACCGGAGAGAGCCAGCCCGGCCGUCACUCACCGCCGCUAAGUCCCGCCCUCGCCCGGAACCCGCGCUUCCGCCGCCGAAGCCUCCGUCGCCGCCGCGGCCCCCGCCGCCGCCGCUGCCGCCCCGGCUGAGGCCGCCGCGCUACGUCCUCGCCGCCCGCGGGGCCCGGGUGACGCGCUUCCGCUUCCGGCGACCCGGCCCCGCCUUUGUCCGCCCGCCUCGCCGCUUAACCGCCGCGCAAUCCGCGCCAACGCGGCCCCAACGGCGGAGCGACGGAGCUUCCGGUGACGUUGGCGCGGACCGAAAACGGCGGAGGGGGGCGGCGCGGCGCGCGCAGGCGCAGGAGCUCCCACCGCGGCCUAAAAAAAAAACAAAAAAAAAAAAAACCGCGGCAGAAGGGUCGCGGGCCAAGCCGCGCGAUGGCUCAGACCGGAAGCGGCGCGGACUUCCGGUCUCCUCCGCUACCCGGCGCUCCCCGCUGACGUCACGGAAGCGCCGGCUCCGCCGCUCGCGGUUUCACGAUUUCCCGCCCCGCGGCAAAGGCCGCCGCCGCCGCUUGGCUUUGCGAUUCCAACUCUCGCGAGACGUCGUGGUCGCUCGGAGGGGACUUCCGGUUCCGCGGCCUGUGACGCGUGCGGAUCCGCGCGCAUGCGCAGUCCCCUGCCGCGGUGCUCCCGGUUCCUCUCGAGUCCCGGUCGGCUCCGCGUCGCCGUAUCUGACGUCAGAGCCGCGCGAUCCGAUCCCUGACGCGACACAGGAGGACCAGGAGAUCCCGACCAUCGUCAUUGGUCUGACACUGUGGUGCCCCUGGCCUCGGCCCCGCCCCCUGCAGGCCGUGGAUGGGCGGAUCCUGGAGAAGCCGAGGGACCGCGAGGACGCCCUGAGGAUGCUGCGCAGCCUGAGUGGGAAGCAGCACCGCGUCAUCACCGGCGUCGCCAUCGUCAUCUGGGUCGGCUGUGAAGACCCGGCCCGCAGGCCCCACCCAGGAAGUGACGGCCUUCCACGAGGAGACGCGCUUGACGUUCUCGCCCCUUUCAGAGGAGCUGAUCCGCGAGUACACGGCAGCGGUGAGGGCUGGGACAAGGCCGGGGCCUACGCCAUCCAGGCGCGUGGCGCGAUGCUGGUGCAGGGCGUGGCCGGCGACGUCCUCAACGCCGUGGGCUUCCCGCUCAACCGCUUCUGCCGCGAGCUCGCGCGGGUCCCGCCCACACGGACAGGAAGUGAGGAAGUGACAUCACAGGCGACAGGGCUUGACAGCAAGGACGCGAAGUGAAGUCAUGGGCGACGGGAAGUGCUUCCGGAAACAGGAAGUGACGUCAUCGAACCCCCAUAGACACCUUUGACCUCUGACAUUGGCCCCAGAGAAGUGGGCGGGGAGAAUAAAUGCCUUUGACCUCUGA